AUGACUAUAUCGUUUGCUGGAUCUGAAGUGGUCUCUUUAUUCCUAGAGGCCACGCUAUAUGGGCUCUAUGCCAUGCUCUUCGGACAAUCCCUACGCGUUAUUAUCCAUCCAAAACGCUCGAAGAGGACCAACAUUCGAAUGGUCAUCGUUUCGGUCCUUCUGUUCAUGCUGAUCACAUGGCAUAUCUUUACCGACCUUGUCCGACUAGUCCUCGCUCUGCAGAACAGCGAAGCUGUGGCGAACGUUGCUGCGAUUUUCGGUGAUGCAAAAUCAUUAUUUAGCGUAAUGAAGACAGCCAUAUACGUCGGAGUCACGGCUGUGUCUGACACUUUCAUAGUUUAUCGCUGUUAUGUUGUUUGGAAUAAGGACUUCCGAGUCAUUAUACUGCCCGCAGUGUUAUACCUUGCCGAUAUAGGGGCCGGCAUUGCUGCGACCGUGACUCUCUCCGAGCUGCCACUAGGGCAACCCUAUUACAUCCAGCGGCAAUUCAGGGUUACUGAGACCUUUUUCGCGACCACGUUGGCUCUCAACGGUCUUUGUACUGUCUUGAUCGCCUACCGGGUCUGGAGCCACCAACGGGCCAUGUCGAUUGCUAUGCCGAAUAUGAAGGGGCCUCAGAAUCUGAACCGUGUGGCUGUCAUUGUCGUUGAAUCAGCUUUGAAUACCAUAGGGGCAAUAUAUGUCGCAGCUUUGAUCGGGAUGAUCGCCAUGUACACUUCUGAGAUCACUGUUGCCUUCAAUGUCUUCUUAGAUAUCGGUAUCACGCUACACCUCACCGCAAGCAACAGGGUCAUGGCCUUAUUUUUCGACCCAACCAUAGUUUCACCGGGACUUCCGCCACAGAAGCAACUAGAAGUAAGAAUGGAAUCGAACUGGGCGACCUACGCGGCUUUCGGGUCGACUCGGAACACUCAGCAAAUACUGGCGAUUACAUCCACACGUCUCGACACGGAUGUUGCAGAGAAAGGCCAGGGUGAAGCACAAGAGAAGAAUAUAGUCAUGGUAUAG